GGUGGUCUAACGUUCAAACCAACGAUUUUAAAUAAAUUGGACGCAGAAAAUGAUGUUAUACAUCUGGAACCAAAGACGCUGAAUGAUCCAGACGGUUCAUGAAGUGGGACUUCCGCGACUGAGUGGUGACUAAAUUUGCAUCUCCAUGAAUGAAGGCAUGAAGCAGUGACAACAGUCAAAAUCCAACAACCAAACUUAAUUGAAAAUGGAUAAAUUACAUUUUUUGGGAUUGUCAUGUACUAGUAUGUACACAUACACUUUAAGAAACAUCAACUCCAAUAAUUGUUGCCGACUCCUAAAAAUGAGGUCAGACAAUCUACGGCAAUUCAAAAGAUACAAACACUUGUGUCAAUUAUCCAAGACAUCUUCUGUAACUUCUGACUUGACUAAAUGUUCAAAUCUGAUUCACAAACAGACAUUUCAGAACUGGAAUUCCCUGUCCAUGGUUAUAUCUUCAAGUUGUCUCCCUUCUUCCAAAUCAGCUGCUGAUCAUUAUCGGAGAAUUUCGACAUUUUCACAUCAUUUUAAUGUCAAUAAAGAUGAUGAUAUACUAAAGGAUGAUCUAUAUUUAAAAGACCUUCUAAAAGAGAUCAGAGAAGAUUUUACUUCAUAUACCAAAUCAAAUAAACCCUUGCAAUCUCCAGAUAAUGCUGAACAGGAUAAAAUAAAAUCUUUAGAAGAAAAUAAUGACAAAAUAACAGACGAAGAAAAAAUUCAAGAAGACAUCAGUAGCAGUGAAAAUGAAUCCUCAUCUUCAAGUGAUAGCUCCGACUCAGAUGGUAAGGUGGGGGAUUUUGAGUCUGACAGCAAUGCUAGCAAUAAACUUUCACAGGAAGGACAUGUCCAAGCCAACCCAACAGCGCCUGAUGGUUUAGACAUAGGGGGCUUCAUUAGUCUGGAUGACUUUGAAGAAGUAGAGGAGUUUCCAGAUACAUUUGAACCGGAAGAAGUUCCGAAAUGGAAAUCACCAAUUGACCUGAAAAGAGGGGUAACAGGUGUCUAUGAUAUUGAAGAGCUGGUGGUUUUACUGAAGGCUGACAAUGCCAAAGAUGUGUGUGUGAUACGUAUGCCAGAUCACCUAAAGCUUGGUGAUUACAUUGUUAUUGUGACUGCCUGGUCCUAUCGCCAUAUGAAAGCCAUCACUAAAAAUGUGGUCACCACCUUUAAGUUAAAGAUGAAUGUGUCGGAUAAAUACCCAUUGGUUUCUGGAGAAGAUGAAGGAGAAUGGGUUGCCUUUGAUCUAGGUAACAUCCUACUGCACAUAUUUAGAGAAGAAGUACGCGAAAAGUAUGACCUUGAAACUCUCUGGGCUGUGGGGCCUAAGUUUGACAGUAAAUGUGAAGAAAUCAGUAACACAUAUAUACUAGAAGACACUGAUAUGAACUGGCUACAAGAAUUUUACAAGGAGAAAGAAGAAGAUUAAGGAGAAGCUUUAUAUGGGUCCAGAAGUACAAUUAGGCAGUCUGCAAGUCGUUUUAAAAACAUUAUUUUCGAUCAAACUGGGACUUAAUUUUCACCUAUGUUUUCGAUUACA